AUGACAGCUGCUAAAACUACAACUAUCAAUCAACAACAACAGACUUUUGAAAAUGGUGUUUGUGGUAAUCACUCACCAGUCGAAGGAUCAUCAAAACAAUAUCAAAAUGCUCAACCGGAACAACAACAACAAGAGGGUGUAAAAGAGGCAUCAGAAGUCACUAAAGAUUUAAAUAAAGGUGCUUUACCAGGUCUAUUGACUCCAAAACACUUGAAAUCGUAUCCCAUUAUUGCAUCAGGUGAAUCAGCAGUCAAGAUGAUCCCAUUAAGCGGAUACAUCACCAAUGCCACCAAAUCCACCUUUACCUUUUUCCGUGGGUUCCAACCCAUCAAGUACCUAGUUGAAACCAGUGACAUUUACUCCGACCUAAUUUUAUCCAAAUUGGACGAUUGGGCACCAAGUUUGCAAACGGUUGAAGUACAAGAUUUAACCAAUCCAAUAACAACACCAGUGAUUGUUGCCGUUGACACGGUAAAUUUCAAGAUUUCCGCCAUUAAUGAAACUGUAUCCAAGCGUAUCAUCGAACCAGUGAGUAAAACCAUUGUUGAACCUACAAAAGAUUGCAUUUCUAAUGUGUCGCAAGAAUUGCAUAACAAGACUCAUGAUGCUAAUGGUAAGAAUAUCUUUAUCAAGCCGGUUGAUCCUGUUGUUGCUCCAUUUAAUGAAUCUUUGGAACAAUUUGUUGAUAAUCAUUUCCCCAAUCAUAAGAAGUUGGCUGCAAGCUCUGUCGGAGAGACAUGUAAUGAAAAGAACGGUGCCGGAGCUGCUAGUACAGCUGCUGCAACAAGUGAAAUUGCGAGAACAUUCAAGAUUGUUGGAUCAAUCAUGACUAAAGAAACCAAGGACAAUAAUGGAAACACAACUAUUGUCAAUGCUAAUGGAAAUACGUCGCAAGAUGUCAAAGUUGAGAAAGAGGUGAAGAAGACAUCGUGCUUUUUUAGAUGA